AUGGCCUCUCUGCAACCAUUCAAUUGUGCCACUCCAAAACCAAAAUCAAAACCCAAGCCCAUAACCCCUUCAGAAAUUAUUGCUGAAUUCUCACACCAUGAUCCCGCAAUCGCCCGCAUAAACAACGGUAGCUUCGGUUGCUGCCCCUCCACCAUUAUUGCCGCCCAGCAAAACCACCAGCUCCACUUCCUCGAACAACCCGAUAACUUCUAUUUCAACAUCUUAAAGCCCUCCAUCCUCAAGACUCGCCAAAUUAUCAAGACCCUUAUCAACGCUGACCAUGUUGAUGAAAUCUCUAUUGUCGAUAACGCUACUACUGCCGCCGCCAUCGUUCUUCAGCACACCACCUGGUCGUUUUUCACGACCCUUUUUCAACCGGGUGAUGCGGCUAUUAUGCUCCACUAUGCCUAUGGCGCUGUCAAGAAAUCGGUUCAAGCGUACAUUACUCGCGCCGGUGGCCAUGUUAUCGAGGUUCACCUUCCUUUCCCUCUUAAAUCGAAUUCUGAAAUAAUAGAAGAGUUCCGAAAGGCCCUUCAGACGGGCAAAGCAAAUGGUCGGAAAAUUCGAUUAGCUGUGAUUGAUCACAUUACUUCGAUGCCUAGCGUUAUAAUUCCCGUCAAAGAGUUGGUUCAGAUGUGUAGAGAUGAGGGCGUGGAUAGGAUUUUCGUAGACGCAGCCCACGCGAUAGGGAAUGUCAACAUAGAUGUGAAGGACAUAGGUGCUGAUUUUUACACCAGUAAUUUGCAUAAGUGGUUCUUUUGCCCACCCUCUGCGGCAUUUUUGUAUUGUAAGAUGUCAGACGAGUUAUCAGACUUGCACCAUCCGGUGGUUUCACAUGAAUAUGGGAAUGGGUUGGCAAUGGAGAGUGCAUGGAUUGGGACAAGGGAUUACAGCCCACAGCUCGUGAUGCCGGAGGUGAUGGAGUUUGUGAGUAGGUUUGAGGGUGGGAUUGAGGGGAUAAUGAGGAGGAAUCACGAGAAGGUUGUGGAGAUGGCGAAGAUGUUGGUGGAGGCAUGGGGGACAGAGUUGGGGACACCUCCUGAUAUGUGCUCAAGUAUGGCGAUGGUGGGACUGCCCCCUUGUUUGGGGAUCAAGAGUGAUGCAGAUGCAUUAAAGUUAAGAACACAUUUGAGGACGUGUUUUGGGGUUGAGGUGCCGAUUUACUAUAGGGCGCCAAUUUCGGGAUGCUGUAACCAAGCUAGUCAAGGAUGGGUUUACUUGCAGUUUUCUUUCAUUAUGAGAAGCUUGAUGGAGAAUCGUGUUCAGUUAGUGCAACCCCUUGAACUUCAAAAUUUUAGAAGGCAGUGA